UAUUUGUUUCAAAAAAGAAAACAUGACAAAUAAUUCUGCCAAACAAAUUCAUCGUGAUCAUUUUGAUCAAGAAUUAAAAAUACUAUUGGAACAAAAAACUAAAAGUAAUUUGUUCACUAAAGAACAUCAUGAUAAUUUGAUUCGUGAUUAUAUUGUAGCGAAUAAAAAACCAAUGAAAUUACGAACUUUACAUGAGAAUCGCCUAUUGAAUACUUAUGAUAUUAUACGUUUGGAUGGUACGAAACGUUUGAUUAAACAUGAUAGUCAAGAUCGUACAAGAAUUUUUGUUCAUUCGGCCGAAUUAUUUCCAAUAUUGGAUAAAGCUCAUCAUGAAUUGAAUCAUGCUGGUGUGAGAAAAAUAUUUGAUCAUCUUCGUACGAAAUAUUUAAAUAUAACAAUGGAAUCGAUAACAUUGUAUAAUCGAACUUGUGAUUUUUGUAAUACAAAAAAACAACUCAAGGAAAUGAAUACAAAACAAUUUUCCAAAUGGAUGAUUAGAAUUAUCGAUAUGAAUUCGAUCAAAAUCGAUAAUGAUUAUCGAUAUAUUUUACAAUAUCACGAUAUUCGUACAAAAUUUUCAAUUUUUAAACCAUUAAAAAUGAAUACAGCUGAACAGAUUGCUCGAAAACUUUGGAAAAUUUUCGGUUGUUUUGGUGCACCACAAAUUCUAGCCUACUAUGAUGGUCGACAAGAAUUUGUAGAAAAUGUUAAAGAAAAAUUGAAAGAAUUCAAUGAUGAUCUAAAAAUAAUUACUGGUAAAAAAGAACCAAUAACAAAUAUUGAAUCAGAAAAUGAAAUCAAAAAAUUAUUGAUCUCUUUAUGCAAAAAUCAAAAAACCGAUUCCUGGUCGAAAGUUAUACCGGAAUUACAAUUCCUAAUGAACACUACUGUUGAUGAUAUUGAUGGUUCUAUGACACCAUUCGAACAUUUUUUUGGAUAUGAACCGAAUUUUGGUUUAGAAUUUACAUUACCAGAAAAUUUUAAACCAGAAGAUUUAGUGGAAGAAAAAUUGGAAAAAUUUUGUCAAAAAUAUUUAAAUCAAUCGAAAUCAAACAAAACAACAGCAACAACACUUAACGAUUCAGCAAUAUUAUCGGAUAGUUCAUCGGCUAGAAGCACUAGCAGCUACGAUAGCUAUAAAGAAAGUGACAAUGAUUCAGACGAUGAUGAUAAAAGUGCAAAUGAGAAUGAUGAUGAUCGUCAACAAACAAUUCCAAAAACAACAACAACAACAAUAUCUUCUGUUUUUUGUACUUGUAAAACUGGUUGUCAAACAAAAAAAUGUAAAUGUUUCGUUUCGAAUACAUUAUGUAAUCAGUUUUGUCAUCAAUAUCGAACAUGUUUGAAUUUGGUUAAAAAAGAUGGAUAAAAUGAAUAAAAAUUCUUA